AUGACAUCAUUCGUUCCGCCGGGCUUGAAUUUGGACCCGACAUCUGGGUCAACUAUCAGAACCCUACCCGAGUUGGUAGAUUUUCACUUCGAGAAAAACCCCGACCAUCUGUUUUGCUUCCAAGCUGAGAAGCACAACUCCCUUGUGCCAAUCACUUAUGGACAUCUUUCUCAUGCUGUUGCUCGUUGCCAAGCUUGGCUCGAUGAACAAGCCAUUGGGUCUCAGCCCAUUGUUGGCCCAGAUGGACAAGCAGAAAAGUGUGCGCCUGUCGCGAUCUUUAUGGAAAGUCACGUGGGUCUGGCUGUGUUCCUACUUGCAUGUAUGGGAAAGGGGAUACCUGUAGUGCUGCUUUCGAUACGCUUAAGUGCGCCUGCCGUCCGUCAUCUCAUCCAAAAGACAGGUGCGAAGAUUAUGCUUGUCUCAUCGAGUCUUGAACUCAACGCUUCCGAAGCUUUUCCUACUGCUCAUGAAAGUGGUCGAAAAGGAGAAGUGGAAGAAGAAACUAGGCCGAGGAUAUGCCCUGUGCCUGGGUACCAUGACUUCUUUCAGGAUGCGAAGCAGACACGUUCAGACAGUCUAGUGCGCACGGCAAACCCGAAUCACUUUGUAUCAGAAGAUGACCGCCAAGUGCUUAUUUUGCAUUCCUCAGGAACAUCGGGAUUACCAAAGCCAAUUCCUUGUUCACAUCGCUAUCUCUUGAGUUACGCGACCUGCCAUAGCUUUCAGUCUGCUCAAGAGACUCACAACCUGGCCAUUUCGACACUUCCAUUGUUUCAUGGCUUUGGGCUGGUUUCAGUAUGUGGGUCUCUCGGUGCUGGCAAACCCGUUUGCAUCCCCCCGCCGUCCAUGAUUCCGACAGGGGCCUCUAUUGCAGCUCUCAUACAAGACUCUGGAGCAAAAGGCUUGAUGACUGUGCCAUCAAUUAUUGAAGAGAUUGAGGCUCUGGCAGAUUCUAAGGGGCACACGGUCCUUCGGGAACUGGACUUUGUAGCUUUUGGUGCCGGCAUGCUGAAGCCGGCCGUUGGAGAAAGGCUAGAGGCUUCUGGGGUCAGAUUGAUCAAUCAGUACGGGUCUACGGAGACCGGCCCUCUAACGAACUUCUUGAAGCCUGAAAGAGGACAUGACUGGCGUCAGAUCACGUUGCGUCGUGACAUAGUCGGACCACUCCAAGUGCAGUUGCAUCGUGCCGACACGAAUCCGGAUCAGCCCGAACCCUCCCAGUCAGAUGGUGAACCCAAAAAUAGCUACUCGUAUAAACUGAGUAUGAGGCCGUUUGGAUGGGGUUCCCGCUUUGAACUGCAAGAUUUGAUUGUCACUGAAAGAGAAUGGUCAGUGGAUAGCGACAUUGGAGACUUCGCUUUUUCGAUCGCCGGCCGCACUGACGACUUGAUCUGUCUCGCCACUGGAGAGAAGGUGAGGCCGACAAUUUUGGAGUCUCUUCUAAGACAACAAGAAGGGGUCAAGGAUGCAAGCGUAUUUGGCGACAAUCGAUUCGAACUCGGCGUCAUCAUAGAGCCAAUCAAGAAUCUCAAAGGCGCCGAACUGGAGGGAUUCAAGGGCUUCUGUUGGCAAGUUAUCCAGGACAACGGCCGUCAGAUGGAUGCUCAUGCCAGAAUCACUUCACCAGCUGCUAUACUGUUUGUAGCCCCUGGUGACCUCCCAAGAUCAGACAAGGGGAGCAUCCUCCGACGCGCAGUAGCGACAAAGUUCGCUACAGAGAUAGACAACGUUUACCGCAGUCUGGAAGCAAUUACGGACGCACCUCCUCUAGACUUGUCAUCCAUCCCGUCGAGUGUUAGGGCUCUCGCGGAGCAAAACAUCAGAUGGCCGGGCUCUUUUGACGAUUGGUCAGACGAUGAUGACUUCUUUUCCCAUGGCGUGGACAGUCUGCAGGCAACUCGAUUGCGACGGUCUUUAGUGGCUUCAGUGCGUGCGACCCAUCUUGAAUACGGCGCUGAAGCGACCCACAUCCUCCCCGCGGACGAAAUCACCAACGAUUUUGUUUACCUGCACCCCUCCAUCAAGGCAUUGGCAGAUGCAUUGAUACCAAAAAGCUCAAAAGCCAACGGUGUCCUCUCCGAAGCGCAGAUCAUCGAAGAUCUGGUGGCCAAAUACACGAAUGGGGCCAAACUCAAUCAUCGCAGCGGCAAGUCCGUCGUUGCAAUUACCGGUGCCACUGGAAGUUUAGGCUCUUUCGUUUUGGCCCAGCUUCUCAUGGACGAUUCUGUCGGCCAAAUCAUCUGUCUGAACAGACCUUCAAGCGAGAACCCGAUAGAAAGGCAGAAGAAAGCCAUGAAGACACGAGAGAUCGCUGUUCCUGACGACGCGUGGACCAGGGUUGAAAUACAUCAGACGAACACGGCAGCUGACUGGCUCGGAUUGGAAAAAGCAGUAUACGAGCGUCUAGCAGCUCGAGUAACUCAUAUCUUGCACAUUGCUUGGCCUAUGAAUUUCAAGAUGGGCCUACAGUCCUACGGUGCCGCGUUUGAGACACUGCAUAACUUGAUUGCGUUGGCCCUCAAGGCACGCUCUCAUCAAGGGACAAGAAAGCCUAGGGUUCUGUUCACGUCUUCCAUCUCAACUGUUGGUAACUAUCCGACGGUCAAGGGAGGGAGUUCAAUUCCAGAGGUCUUUGUAGACGACUCGCUCUGCACUCUCGGGCUCGGCUACGCAAAGGCGAAACUCGUAUGCGAGAAGAUGAUAGAGCGUGCCGCCAGUGAGUUUCCUGAGAUCGAGGCAAGUCUGGCUAGGUUGGGGCAGAUAUCAGGUGCUAGCAAUGGCUAUUGGAACGCAAAUGAGCACUUUGUUGCCGUCUGCGCAUCGUCCGCCAAAGUCAAGAAAUUUCCCAAACUGAGUGGGACACUGUCCUGGCUACCGGUUGAUAGUGCUGCCAAAGCAAUCACCGAGAUACUGUUUGAUGAUCAGCCACUUCGUCCAGUGUAUCAUCUGGAAAAUCCCAUGCGACAGAACUGGGAAGAUGUAAUCAGGCUUCUUUCCGAGGAGCUGCAGAUUUCAUCCUCAUCGACUGUCUCAAUCGAAGAAUGGUUGAGUCUGGUUGAAUCAGCGGACGAAGACAAUAACCCUGCCCGAGGCCUUGUGCACUUUCUCGCAGAAGAUUUCAUCAAGAUGUCGUGUGGGUCGGUUGUUUUGGAUACCACCACCUCGCGCGACAGAAGCCCGACCCUUGCUGGUAGCCGAUCUGUCCAAGAAGAAAAAAUCAAGGCUUAUAUCUCGUACUGGAAGAAGAUCCAAUUGUUUGCAUAG